AUGUCGAGUGGUGAGCCUGCGCUCUGCAGCGCGGCAGCGUCUGGUGACCUGGCACGAUGCGCCGAGCUGUUGCGAGAUGAUCUGAAUGUAAAUGCAUCUGACGUCUUCAAGCGAACUCCGCUGAUCAAUGCCGUGGUCUCUGGCCACGCGAAGGUGGUGGAGAUCUUGGCUGCCGCGCGCGCUGAUCUCCCCUGUGCGGACCGUAGUGGUUGGACGGCGUUACACUGGGCAGCCUUUCAGGGCAACGGCGACAUGGUCCAAUUGUGCCUGUCUUUGGGCGCAGACCCUAAAAUCAAGGACCUCCGGGGCAGCACGCCCCGACAGGUUGUGGAGCACGUGCUGGAGGGCAAGAGUGAAGCAAAGUUUGGCGAGGGCCUGCAGGGUGACCGAG